AUGGGCUCAAACACAUCAUCCACAUUGGUACCCUCAAAAGGAAACAACACUCACACAGAUGAAUGUGAUUCAGAUGAAAUGCCAGAAGACCAUAAACCGAGUAGGGAUUCAAAAAGAUACUGCGCAUCAUCAACACAACCAUUAAGUGAAGUAUCUGGAGCCUCUUCUUCCAUGAUGAACCAAAACCAACCCUCAACAUUCAAACCACAUCCAAAAAAGUCUCAAAGCCACACUUCCAUCGUUGUUCCUAGAUCGGACUCUUCACAUCCAUUCACGAUUUCCAAUCCCCAACAGAAAUUAAAAACAAGACCCAAUCUAUCAAGCCCGUCACUUCUUGUUUCUAAUACUAGCGUUCAGCAAGUACCUUCACCGUUAUCAAGAAGUGCAACUCCCAUCACACAUACAUCAGCGCCUCAUCAACAACAUACAUCAAGCAACCAUCAAGUAUGUCGGAUGUCUACACUUCAAAAAAGCUCUUCUCCCUCAAGUUGUAGAUAUGUGGAACCCACCUAUUCUCCCGAUCAUUCUUCUCAUCAAAUAUCCCAAUAUUCAAGCAGACCCAAUGUUCUGUCAGCUCUCCCCCAUAACACUGCCGUAAAUAAGAGUAGUUUACAGAAUGAGAACGAAUCCUUAUUCUCGGAGGAAGACCUUAGUACAGUCAUGUCCAGCAGAAGAGGGUCUGUUUUUUCGACAACAACCUCAGAGAUCUUUUCUCUUCCAAGCAGUCAAAGCUUUCUAAGUUCAAGAAGAGGAAGCAUUUACAUGAAUGGGAGCAGCAAUAGCGGUUUUUAUGAUGACAUGUCAGUUUCUCCAUCUAAUCAUUCAAGCGAGCACCUGUACUCCCAUCAAUCUAACAAAGGAAAUCAAGACCAUAACAGCAACGAUACCAUGUCGCUAAGCUCAGAGGAAAACUGCAUUAUUCUCAAUAACAAGAGCAACAGAUCAUUGGUACAUUCUUCAAGUACAAACUCCCUUUCCAGCCUUGCUAAUUGUGCCUACCAACCUUCUCCAAUCCAAACAUUAUUCCAAAAAAACAAGUUGGAUCAUUGCAAUUCUGAAAAAACAAUUACAUCCCGUUAUGGAUCUCUAAAAAGCCUGGCGGCAAAACAUUACAUUCACUCAAAGUCUGUUUCUGGAGCUGGAUUCACGUCUCUGUUCAACCCAUCUUUAGAUAAAAACGUGCUUCCUGAAAUUCCUCUUCUUGCAGUGACCAAACCAAUUGAGCCACCAUGUUUUUCACAUUUACCAAGAAGCGUCAGCAAAAGGUGUCAGCAGCAGGCGCGUAGGUCAGGUUCAUCCCUCAGGAAUAAACAAUACCUCGAUGUUCUGUAG